AGUGUUCGAGUAGUGCGUGUCGCUGGCUGCUGUAUACAUCCACGGUGUGUAGUAUAGUAGUGGACUGGACUGCCGGCCGGGUCUGGACAAGCAUUCACUAAACAGUCUUUAUGUGGCCGUGACUCAACGAUCAACCAUGUUCUUAUUCCCGCCCGGUCGAUCGCUACUCUUUUUAUCGUGUGUUUUUUAUAGUGUUUUAUCUCCUGUGGCUUCGUGGGACACCGACCUAGAGCUCUUUGAUCUGGUGGAAGAAAUCCCACAGACCUUCUACCAGUUCCUCUCCGUGGACAAGGAUGCCACGCCGGUGGAAAUCAAGAAGGCCUACCGGCGUCUCACGCUCACCCUCCAUCCAGAUAAGAACAAGGAUGAGAACGCAGAGAGCCAGUUCAGACAACUGGUGGGAAUCUAUGAAGUCCUGAAGGAUGAGGAGAGGAGAAUGCGGUACGAUGACAUCCUGGUGAACGGCUUGCCGGACUGGAAGCACCCCUUCACCCUGUACCGCCGGGUGAGGAAGAUGAGCAACGCAGAGCUGGGCUUCCUCCUCUUCCUCAUCCUCACCGUUGGACACUACGCCAUCAUCUGGUCCGUCUACCUGGAGAAACAGCUGGAUGAAAUGCUGAGCAAUAAGAGGAAGAAGGAGAAGAAGAAAAAGACGAACUCCAAGCCGUGUGAGGAGCCCAGGGAUCAGGACCGCCCCAAUUGGCAGGACAUCCUUCCUCUGAAGCUCAGCAUCUGGCUCUACCUAUCAAUCAAAUCACUGCCCCAGACCAUCCAGGAAGUGAAGCAGUACUACGAAGACCACAAAGAGAUGAAGAUGAGAGCGAAGCAGGAGGAGGAGGAGAUGGCUGAGCAAGAGUCUGCUCCUCGGGAGAAGCGUCCCAAGGUGAAGAAGGUGAAGGUGGAGUUCCCGGUGUACGAGGCCCCGGCGGCGGACGGCCUGUACCAGGUGUGCCCCACGGCCUCCAUCCAGGAGGUGGAGGACCAGCUGGACGACUGGCUGGACAACCGCAAGAGCAAGAAAAAGGCUCCAGAGUGGUCCGACGAGGACAUCAGCCUCCUCAGCAGGAACAUGGUGAAGUUCCCUGGAGGAACGCCCGGUCGCUGGGAGAAGAUCGCCCACGAGCUGGGAAGAUCCGUCGCUGAUGUGACCACAAAAGUAAAGCAAGUCAAAGACUGUGUGACCAACACUACAGGGCUGGUGAAGCUGUCGGAGCUGAAGAGCGGCCAGUCCUCCAAGGCGACCACUGCUGGCUGUGUGGCAGACAGCAUAAUGACCCAGCGGGAUGCCCCGCCCACCACCAGCCCCGCCCCCAAACCCAGCCCCAAACCCGCCCCCAGCCCCAAACCCGCCCCCACCCCCAAACCCGCCCCCACCAUCAAACCCACCCCCACCAUCAAACCCACCCCCACCAUCAAACCCACCCCCACCAUCAAACCCACCCCCACCCCCACCGCCUCCGCCGUGACCCCACCUCAGGGAGAGGAGGAGGGGGAGCAGGAGGGACAGGUCCUCAGGAGGAGGUCCAAAAAGGCUGGAGGAGGAGGAGGAGGAGGUGGAGGAGGCACGAACGGGGAGUCGAGGGUGAAGUCAAGGCGGCAGCGGGACUUUGACCCGACGGCCGUGGAUGAGGAGGAGGAGGAGGAGAAGCAGCAGAAGCGGGAGGAGGCGCAGCAGGAGCCCGAGGAGCAGAAGGAGAGCGUGUGGACGCAGAACCAGCAGAAGCUCCUGGAGACCGCCCUGCAGCAGAUCCCCCGCGGCGCCGCCGAGCGCUGGGACCGCAUCGCCAAGAUGGUGCCGGGCAAGACCAAGGAGGAGUGUAUGAUCCGCUACAAACUGUUAGCGGAGCUGGUCCAGAAGAGGAAGCAGGCCAAGAGCUGACUCCGUUUCACCAUCUGAGCGCCUUGCCCCUACCUGCCACGCCCCUCCCCUCCCCGACAUCUACAGCCAAUCAAAUAUCAUGGAUUACCUCUGUGAGCUAAUCAGAAAGCUGGAAAACCUCUCUUUAGCCCAGAGGCUUAUGGGUAGUUUCUGUAUGAAACCUUUCACAGGUUGGUGGGGGGAGGGUAGUUGCUGGAACUAUUUUUUAUUUUAGCUGAUCUAAUUAAUGUCCAUCCUAACCCCCACAGGUGUUUUUUUAUUUUUUAGUCUAUACUAAUUUGGUCAGCUCCGUUAAUGAAAUAUUCAAAGUAUUGGACAAUAGUUUUGUUUUAUGCCCAAUUCGAUCAUGGAAGAUAAGAAUUAUGUAUAACCGCCCACAUUUGACAUCAGAGGAAAAUGGUCUAAUUACAUCCAAGCUUAAUGUGCCUUAGCCCCGCCCCUGCCCCUCACUCAAAGUACGUUGUUCAGCAUUCGUCGUCUCUCGGGAACACGGCCAUCAGUGACACUAGCUCAACCAUUGUUAUUUCUUUCAUAAAUAUCUUGUUACAACUGCAAAUGGUUUAUUAUGAAUAAAACAGUAUUUAUUUCCUUGA